GCUUUCAGUACAGAUUUUAAAGGCUACUCUAUAGCAAUAAAGCGUUCAACCUAUCACCGCCGGUCAUAACAUUCUGAACAUCGUUAAAACACGCUGUUUCGUGAGCGUUCGUCCAACGAAUAUAGAUAUCUUCCUUCGUAUUGCGGUUAUUAGAUAUUUGUGUACAUAGAAUACCAUAAUUUUUUUUUUUCACUUUACAUUCACACGUCAAUCUCGUCUUUUAAUUAAUUACACGUUAUGAUACGGUGCAACUUACUCCUUAAUAUGAGCGUAAUUGUCGCCGGUGUUGUUGGUGUUUUUUGUUACGAUUAAAUCAUGAACUUUGCGAAUUAUCUAACAUGCGGUUUUUUACACUUUUAUGCAUCGCCAGUUUCAUCGUUAACGGGGUAUUUUCCAAGCCAGACUGUAAAGUAAAAUUGCAACAGUGCGAAAAUAAGAAACCAACACCUCGCAGACAGGUUUGUGGAACCGAUAAUCAAACGUAUCCGAACAGAUGUGCUCUACUUCGCGUACAAUGUGCACAGAACAAUCUGCUAGAAGUGAAACAUCGCGGAAAAUGCAAAGAAAAACAGCCAUGUUGGAUGGAUCAAGGUAAAAAAUUGACCAACACUCGCGGUAAUGCCAAAGAUGCCAACAAAAAUGCCAAUGGUUUCACGCCGGAAUGUUCGGCAGAUGGUACAUAUGCCCCAAUUCAAUGUCACAAGUCCUUGGGUUACUGUUGGUGUGUAACGCCGAAUGGCCGAAAUAUACCCGGCACCACUGUACUCAAUAAGAAACCGGAAUGUCCUAAGAGAGGAAGGAAAGGACCUUCGUCUAAGAAUAAUUCCGAAGACGGUAAAAAUUCCUCGAAAAAAGGCUGUGAUCCCAUCGAUAGAGGCAUUUUUACCAAAAAUUUAGUCAGGAUAUUCAAAACCGAAUACAACAGAGAAGUUUCAUCUGUCAGACUCUUCUCUGCUCCUGAUAACGAAACCGGUUUAAGUCUAGACGCCAAAGCAGUUGGAUGGAAAUUCUCGAAAUUAGACAAAGACAGAAAUCACACGCUGACCAAGAACGAGUACAAAGAUCUGAGAAAAUUGGUCAAAAAGGUCGUAAGACCGAGAAGAUGUUCCAGGGCAUUCAUUCGUCUAUGCGACGUCGACCAGAAUUCAAUUAUUACGAAACCAGAAUGGACCAGUUGUUUGAGUAUCGAUAGCGACAACAACCACAGCAAUCACAAUAAUAAUAACAACAAUGAAAACAAUAAUAACGAUGAUAAUACGAAUGGUAAUCAAGAACAAGUCAGAACAACUACUGAAGAAUCUACCGGUGAAGAAGACGAUCAAUCAGAAAUUGAAGAAGUUGAGGCACACGAUCCUCGUGACCCAGCUAGCAUUUUGGAAGAAAGUGUGUUACCUUUGAACGAACAUAACGCCAAUGAAGACGACGACGAUAACGAUGGAGAAGCUCAAGAUUGCUUAUCUGAAAGGAAAUCUGCCAUGGAAGAGUAUAGUCAUGGAAAUAUGGGUCUUUUCAUACCAGAUUGUACUCCGGAAGGACUAUAUAAAAAAGUUCAAUGUUUCUUAUCGACAGGAUAUUGUUGGUGUGUUUCCGAAGAUAGUGGUCGAACAAUACCGGGAACUUCUUCUAAAAAUUCCCAUCCUAAUUGUGAUAAUAUUCGAAGUCUACCUCCUCCAAUGAAAGGAUGCCCGGAUGAGCAAAAAAGUGCCUUUAUCAAAGAUCUAAUGGAAUUUUUCCGUCAAAACAUGAGUAAUGCAAAUAUAGACGCUUCAGUCAGCGCUAAAGAGGACCAAAGAAGUAACGAAUACGCCGCUUCGUUAGGAUUUUAUGGUUUAGAUUCGAAUAAAAAUAAGUUACUCGAUCGAAAAGAAUGGAAGGUGUUUCGUUCGAUGAUGGCGACCAAUAAUACACUACGAAGAUGUGGCCGGAAACUACCCAGGUAUUGUGAUUCUAAUCACGAUCAAGAAAUCACCAUCAACGAAUGGAUCCAAUGUUUAACCGUACAAACACCGGCUAAUUUAGCAGUUCAGACACCUUCGUCGUCAAAUCCUCCUAGACGACGAGGUCCUAAUCCCGAAUCUUACUUGAAAGACGAAGAAGAUUAAUGUAUUAUUACUAUUAUUAUUUUUUUUUUUCAAUUGUUAUGUUGUAUAGGUAUUUUUUUACGUAUUUUUUUGACAACCGUAUUGACUUUCAGCGUAAAACUACAAUGUUAUUUUAUCAUUACCUACUUUACGUUUGCUGGACAGAUUUCAUUUUAAAAUUAGAUUUAAUAAUCUAAUAUGUAUUUUCAUGAUUACUCAUCCAUGUUGAAAUUUUUCUCUUUGUACUUAAUUUUGUAUAAAAACUUUUGUGGUACGAAGGCAAAAAGUA